GAGCGCUCUAGAGCGGCAGGAAGCCUGGGCGACUCGGCUCUCUAGAAGCGGGUGCACCGAUGUAGCAGCCGGGGCUGCAUCUGGGGUCGGUGGUGUCUGGGGGUGUCCCCCCGCCCCCAUCCAGUGCGGACGCCCCUUCCCCAGUCGGAGGCCGAGGCUGGUGUCGAGGUCCGGAAGAGUCUUGCGCGGCCCGAGAGCCAGGCGGUGCGAAGAGGGGCGGGACACCGCCGCCCUCCUUCAGGUGUCCUUUCCCGUCAGGUGUUCUCCGUCGCAGGUGUCCCAGCGCGGGCUAUGGUGGAUGUGCUGGGCGGGCGACGCCUGGUGACCCCCGGCGGCGCGUGGGUGGAGGCCGAGGCGGUGCUGCAGAACAAGGUGGUGGCGUUGUACUUCGCGGCAGCCGGGUGCGCGCCCAGCCGCGACUUUACGCCGCUGCUCUGUGACUUCUACGCGGAACUAGUGGAGCAGGCGCUGCCGCCCGCGCCCUUGGCUGUGGUGUUGGUGUCAGCCGACCGCAGCGUCCAGGAGAUGGAAGACUUCAUGCGCCAGCUCCCGGGCGCCUGGCUAGCGUUGCCCUUCCACGACCCCUAUCGGCAUGAGCUGAGGACCAGAUACCACAUCACAGCCACGCCCAAGCUUGUGAUCCUGAAACCCAGCGGGGAGGUCAUCACCGACAAAGGGCGCAAGCAGAUCCGCGAGCGGGGGCGGGCCUGUUUCCGGACCUGGGUGGAGGCGGCCGACGUCUUUCAGAAUUUCUCCGUCUGAAGUGGGGGAAGCCUGGGGACCUGGACAGGUGUGCGACACACCGGCUGCUGCAUGCAGGGAGAACACAGGGAGAAGAGUUUGUGGACCGGCUCAGUUUAUGUCAGAUGUGGCAGAAAGAAAACACUCCUUAGGAAGUACGUCCUCCCGUUUUGUGUUGGGUUGUAGCUAUUUUCACUAUUCUCAGCACAGCUUUCUCCACAUCAGCUUAACUGUGUUCACACUGAGUGAUUGGAAAUCUACGCAAAACAUGUGAAGGCUUAAAGCAAUACAUUUAUUGACACAUUUUCUGGAGAUCUAUUUAUUAUAAGGAUGUGGUUUCACAGCUCCAUUUAUUACUAAAGUUUGCAGAAUC